AUGUCCGUUGGUACGGAGCACGUUGCCACGGCGACACUUCCUGCCUCCUUCAACGAUCUGUUACCUCACUUCCUGGUGGAGCCUGACGAUGAGUUCAUAGUGAAGAACAAGCCCGUCACCCUGACCUGUCGCUCCACCCCGGCAACACAGAUCUACUUCAAAUGUAACGGGGAGUGGGUCCAUCAAGAUGAUCACCUGAUCGACCGCACCGUGGACCCUGCAACAGGUCUGCCCAUCAUGCAGGUGAAAAUAGAUAUCUCCAGACAGCAGGUUGAGAAGAUCUUUGGUCUGGACGACUAUUGGUGCCAGUGUGUCGCCUGGAGCACUACGGGAACCCAGAAGAGCCAAAAGGCAUAUGUCAGGAUCGCCUACCUGAGGAAGAACUUUGAGGAGGAGCCAAUGGGGAAGGAAGUCUCGUUGAACCAGGAAGUGUUGUUACGCUGUCAUCCUCCAGAGGGAGUACCAGCAGCUGAGGUGGAGUGGCAGAGGAACGAGCACCUGAUCGACCCGGUAAGCGAGCCCAACUUCUUGGUGACUGGGGACCGUAAUCUGAUCAUCAAACAGGCCAGGCUGGCGGACACGGCCAACUACACCUGCGUGGCCAAGAACAUUGUGGCUCGACGCAGGAGCUCCCCCGCCACCGUUCUGGUCUACGUGAACGGAGGUUGGUCUACCUGGACAACGUGGUCGGCGUGCAGCUCAGUUUGUGGGCGUGGCUGGCAGAGGAGGAGCCGCAGCUGCACCAAUCCCACGCCGCUGAACGGGGGCUUGGCAUGCGACGGACAGAAUGUCCAGAAAAGCGCCUGCACCGCUACCUGCCCAGUAGAUGGAGGUUGGAGUGAUUGGUCUAAUUGGUCUGAGUGCGGAGUGGACUGUUCCAUGUGGCGCAGUAGAGAGUGUACCCAGCCCUCGCCUGGCACCGGGGGCAAAGACUGCCAGGGCAUCGACCUCCAGUCACUCAACUGUACCAGCCAACAGUGUCUACAGACUGCCAAUGGAGUUGAGGAUGUGGCCCUGUAUGUGGGUAUUGUAGCCGUAGCUCUCUGUCUGACCCUCAUCCUCAUCGUGGUGGUCCUGGUUUACCGCCGUAAGAAGGAGGGUCUGGACGCUGACGUAGCGGACUCGUCCAUCCUGACCACGGGCUUCCAGCCUAUGGGCAUCAAGCCUAGCAAGCCAGGUGCGUGGGCACCUCGGCACCGGGCCCCCCGCCCCUCUGGCCCCCACCCUGGUACCCGCAGCAAGAACUCCCAUCUGCUUACCAUCCAGCCGGACCUAACCACCACGACCACCAGCUACCAAGGAACCCUGCACUCACGCCACGACGGCACCACUAAGUUCUCAAUGACCAACGGUCCGCUCCUGGACCCCCUACCCAACGGUUCGCACCACACCUUACACAACGGGAAGAUGACCUCUGACCCGGCGGAGUUUAUGACCCGGCUGUCCAAUCAGACGUACUUCAAGACGUUGCCGCGGGACGUGGCUAACACCUCGUAUGGGACAUUCAACUUCCUGGGGGGUAGACUCACCAUCCCCAACACAGGCAUCAGCCUGCUGAUCCCUCCAGAGGCCAUCCCCAGGGGAAAGAUCUAUGAGAUAUAUCUCACCGCUCAGAGAAAAGAAGAUUUAAGGUUACCCCUGGCGGGCUGCCAGACCCUGCUGAGUCCCAUAGUGAGCUGUGGUCCUCCGGGGGUGGUUCUGACGCGGCCCACAAUUCUCAGCAUGGACCAUUGUUCUGACGCCUGUCCUGAGAACUGGGCCAUCAGGCUGAAGAAACAGAACUACGAAGGCGUCUGGGAGGACGUCUUGAUGAUGGGGGAGGAGUUGAUCUCGGAGCCGUAUUACUGUCAGUUGGAGGCAGAGACGUGCAGAGUGUUCUCGGAGCAGUUGGGUCGUUUCUCUCUGGUGGGAGAAUCUCUAAACAUGUCCGCAGCUAAGCGUCUCCGUCUGGUGCUCUUCUCUGACGCAUACUGCUCUACCCUAGAGUAUAACAUCAGAGUCUACUGCAUGGAUGAUACACAAGAUGUCUUCAAGGAGGUGAUGCAGAUGGAGAGACAGCUAGGUGGUCGUCUGAUUGAUGAGCCCCACGUCCUACUGUUUAAAGACAGCUACCACAACCUGCGCCUCUCCAUCCACGACAUGCCCCAGGCACACUGGAGAAGCAAACUACUGGCUGGGUACCAGGAGAUCCCAUUCUACCACAUCUGGAACGGUUCCCAGCGGUUCCUCCACUGUACCUUCACCCUGGAGCGGCUCAACCUCAGUACCUGUGAGCUCACCUGUCAGCUGUGUGUCUGGCAGGUAGAGGGGGAGGGACAGAGCUUUAGCCUCGACUUCAACAUCGCCAAGGACAGUCGACCCCUGGACCCGGAGUUCCUGCUGAUGGACAAUAACCCUAGCGGGUCAGCUCUAGCAGGACCCAGUGCUUUCCAGAUCCCCUAUCUCAUCAGGCAGAAGAUCUGCAGCAGCCUGGAUACACCUUGUCCCAACGGGGCCGAUUGGAGACUGUUGGCCCAGAGACUCAAACUGGACAGGCACAUGAGUUUCUUUGCGUCCAAGGCGAGUCCCACCAGUGUGAUUCUGGAUCUGUGGGAGGCCCAACACUUCCACAGUGGAAACCUGAACCAGCUGGCCACCGUCAUGGCCGACAUCGGCAAACAGGAAGCUAUGAUUUUCCUGGUCUCAGACGGAGAGUGCUAGCCUUAGCUCUGUCCCACACUGUCCCAACACUGCACCCUAUUCCCUAGAUAGUGCACCAAUGUAGGGGACUACCUAGGUAAUAGAGUGCUAUUUGAGAUCGGCCCCCUAAAAAAGGAGAGGACUGGAACAGGGUAGAAUAUACAGACACAUGAGAGGAGAGGAGAACACUCCCCUCCUCUCUCCCCUCCUUUACAAUAGAGAAGAGAAGAACGGAACACUCCCCCUCUCGCUCCCCUCCUUUACAAGAGAGAAGAACGGAACACUCCCUCUCCCCUCCUUUACAAGAGAGAAGAACAGAACACUCCCCCCUCUCUCCCCUCCUUUACAAGAGAGAAGAGAAGCACGGAAAACACUCCCCCCUCUCUCCCCUCCUUUACAAGAGAGAAGAGAAUGGAACACUCCCCCUCUCUCUCCCCUCCUUUACAAGAGAGAAGAGAAGAACGAACACUCCCCCUCUCUCCCUCCUUUACAAGAGAGAAGAGAAGAACACUCCCCCUCUCUCUCCCCUCCUUUACAAGAGAGAAGAGAUGAACGGAACACUCCCCCCCUCUCUCCCCUCCUUUACAAGAGAUAAGAGAAGAACGGAACACUCCCCCUCUCUCUCCGCUCCUUUACAAGAGAGAAGAGAAGAACGGAACACUCCCUCCUCUCUCCCCUCCUUUACAAGAGAGAAGAACGGAACACUCCCUCCUCUCUCCCCUCCUUUACAAGAGAGAAGAGAAGAACGGAAC